AUCCCAUCCGUUUAUCUUCCCAAUUCUCAAUUCUCCCGAGAAAUAUGCCUCGUCCAACCUUGAAAACAUUCCUUCUUCUCUUAUUCUACCCUCUCUUUAUCCUUCUCCACCUGACCUUCUCCGUUUUCUCUCUGCUUCUCCGCAUCUACCAAGCCCUCACUACCUCCCUUUCCUCCACUAUCGACAUCGAACAUGUUCUUCCUCCGAAGCAUAUUGGCUUGGUGCUUGUACCAACCUUGCGAUCUGGUGGUGUAAGAUGGAGAGCAGGUGGAGUGUCGGGGAAAGACAGGAGAAAAAGAGAGAGAGAGGGGUUGGUAGAGAGUGUACGGAGGGUCGUGGAAUGGGCUGGGGAGAGAGGUGUUCAAGAGGUUUCAGUAUGGGAUGGGCAAGGCUUGACACAGUCCGCUUUACCAAUCUUUCUUCGCACUCUUUCCUCCACUUCCACUUUACCUCCUUCACCGCCUUUAUCACCACCUACAGAACCCACUCAAGACACUUCUUCUCUUUCCACUGAAUCAACCAAAUCCAAUGAAAGGCGAGAACGAAGGGAACCAGUCAUCUCCCCGACACACACAAGACGUCCGUCUUCUGAGUUUAUUGUCGGUGCUGGUGUAACGAGUAUCACUGUCUGGCCAGGAGGAAAAGGAAGGGAAAUGGCAAUUCACCUUUUACCACCCUCCAGCUCUGCACCCGCCAUCGCAUCUUUGACAAGGAGUUAUGCAGCAGAGCAAGUACCUUUGGAGGAUAUUACCGUGAAGAGGGUUGAUGAGGACAUGAGGCAGCAUUUGCAUUUUACAAACUACCCUGAUUUGUUAAUCCUUCAUCAACUUUCACCACCGCCAUUCUAUAGCGCUUUACUACCCCGCCGAGCACCAGAAUUGUGGGGGUAUCCCUUCUGGGCUUUACGUAUCACCGAAAUUUACCAACAUCCAACCCCAAUCCCAUUCCUUCACCACCUGACACCCCUCAUUACUGCCCUUCGUACUUCUGCUCUUCCAUUCGUGCGUAAAAUCGGACACAGCAUAUCUAUCCCGGACCGGCCGGCAGAAGAGGUUUUGAGUAGGGACGAGUGGGAUGGGGCGAUGAGAGCUUGGGUAAAAGUUGAGCAGAGGUUAGGGCGGUGAGAGAGAUGCGAUGUGGGCCAUAGUGUUAUGUAGAUUGUUGUGUAUUUUUUGUGUAUGCAUAU